AUGGUCUGUAUUCACGACAACAUUAAUUUGGUGACGGAAAAAGUUUUUCCUAGCGAAAUUUCGUCACCAUCAGAAACUUAUAAGACAUGGGUGUUAAAUGGACGGUGGUUAGGGCCCAUCGAAUGGCAGUUGAAGUUUGGGCACGCGUCGGCAAAAGGUACAUCCACGAGAAAUUUUAAUAAUCAAGAAAUCCAAAAUGCAAGGAUCAGCACAGUAACGCGUAAGACAAGUGUUGAGCCACAUGUACAGGCUCGUGAAACCUAUGGAUCCAACAAAAACGAAGGAAUUGUAACAUGGAAGUUAGUGGACUCCACGAAACUUAUAGCACAUGGUGUGGCCAAGAGGCUUGCAAAAUCUGGAACCAGCAGACCUCUGAACCUAAUUUUCAUAAAAUUUCAAUCUACCACUGGAAUGGGUUCACUAGCAGGUUUCAAGCUAGCUGGCCAGCUUCAUGUGUAA